AUGGAGGAGGAGAUAGAGGUGGAGAGCAGCAGUGAUGUGGGUCCGUCAGGGUCUGGGAUGGAGGAGCCGUCAGAGAGCGGUAUGGGGAUGGAGUCGUCGGAGGCCAUGUCUGCAGACAGCAGCGAUGCAGCAGCCCCGCAUGCCUCCCACCGCCACCACCACAGCCAGCACCACCAUGGGCACCGUCACCACAGCCAGGCCCCAGAGUCAGACUGCCAUGUGGGACAAAGCUCAGAGGGUGUCCUGGUAAGAACAACAACACUAUCUGAACUGUUCAGAAUCCUCAAACUUUUUAUUGCUAUUCGACAUCAAAUCAAAUUUUAUUCGUCACAUGCUUUGUAAACAACAGGUGUAGACUAACAGUGAAAUGCUUACUUACGGGGCCCUUCCCAACGAUGCAGAGAGAAAGAAAAUAGAGAAAUUAUAGAAAAGUAAAACAUGUAAUAAUAGAUACACAAUGUGUAACGAUAACUUGGCUAUAUACACGGGGUACCAGUACCGAGCCGAUGUGCAGGGGUACGAGAUAAUUGAGGUAGAUAUGUACAUAUAACUAGGAAUAAAGUGACGGAUAGUAAACGGUAGCAGCAGCGUAUGUGAUGCGUCAAAAAAGUUAGUGCAAAAAGGGUCAAUGCAGAUAGUUAACCAAAUAGCUACCCGGACUAACUAUUUAGCAGUCUUAUGGCUUGGGGGUUAAAAGCUGUUCAGGGUCCUGUUGGUUCCAGACUUGGUGCAUUGAUAUCGCUUGCUGUGCGGAGAAAAGUCUAUGACUUGGCUGGAGUCUUCAACAAUUUUUAGGGCCUUCCUCUGGCACUGCCAGGUAUAGAGUUCCUGGAUGGCAGGGAGCUCGGCCCCAGUGAUGUACUGGGGCAUACACACCACCGUCUGUAGCACCAUGCGGUCGGAUGCCAAACAGUUUCCAUACCAAGCGGUGAUGCAGCCAGUCAAGAUGCUCUCAAUGGUGCAGCUGUAGAACUUUUUGAGGAUCUGAGGGCCCAUCUCAAAUCUUUUCAGCUUUUUGAGGGAGAAGAGGCGUUGUCGUGCUUUCUUCACAACUUUAUAGUGUGUUUGGACCAUGAUAUAACCUACAAGAGAUAAAAACAUUCAAUCUGUAAUGGUAAUACAAGGGAAGCCUGUGUGUUUGCAAUGAUAAUCAUAAUACAUUUUAUAAAGCGCUUUUCAAGGAUUCAAAGACUCUUCUAUGUUUGAAUGCCUCGGUAGGGGCUCCGGUAAUACAUUUUUUUGUUAGUGUCCAUCUCCCUGCCUCUCACCCGUGUUUCUGUGUUUCCAGGUGUUCCUACCAGAGACUAGCUCCAGUACGGACGUCACCCACCAUAGAGCCACCGUCCACCUCCCAGACUCCUCCUCUGUGGCCCAGUCCACCAGCGUCUCCACUGUUACCCAGUCCAUCCUGGUGUCCGGGUCGGCCCAGGUAAGCAUCUCUAAUAUUCAAGAGCACCCUGGUUGACCCCCAUAGCCAGCCUAGUUACCGGCCUAGCUACCAGCCGUACUAGCUACCAGCCUAGCUAUCAGUCGGCCUAGUUACCAGCCUUACUAGUUACCAGCCUAGCUACCAGCCGUACUAGCUACCAGCUGUACUAGUUACCAGCCUAGCUACCAGCCAUACUAGCUACCAGCCUUACUAGUUACCAGCCGUACUAGUUACCAGCCUAGCUACCAGCCGUACUAGUUACCAGCCUUACUAGUUACCAGCCGUACUAGUUACCAGCCUAGCUACCAGCCGUACUAGUUACCAGCCGUACUAGUUACCAGCCGUACUAGUUACCAGCCGUACCUGCUACCAGCCGUACCUGCUACCAGCCGUACUAGCUACCAGCCGUACUAGCUACCAGCCAGCCUAGCUACCAACCAGCCUAGUUACCAGCCGUACUAGCUACCAGCCGUACUACUUACCAGCCUAGCUACCAGCCUAGCUACCAGCUGUACUAGUUACCAGCCAUACUAGUUGCCAGCCUAGCUGCCAGCCAUACUAGCUACCAGCCGUAUUUGACAGGCAACGGGUGGCAGCCCAAGCUGGUUAACAGGCAGAGCUAACUGAGCUAGAGAUUAAAUUGAACACCGCUUACUGCAUUGCCAAAGAGGAGAUGGCUUUUACUUACCCAUAAAAAGAAUGGAUUACAAUUCAACCCGACAUAUGGAAACGAGUGGUCUUGCGCAAAAGUUAUUGGCACCGUAGCGUACACUAUCCGGGAAGCGUGUUAGUGCUAUCCGGAAUCCUUGGGACGUCCCUACUCUAACCAUAAAGGCAUGUCGUUUUUUUUAGCUACAUUCUAGAUCAAAGAAAUUGAUUAGUUAUUGUGAGAGGAGACUAGACCUUUAUUUCAUUAUCCAAGUAAAUCAAACCAAUUUUUAUUCGUCACAUACACAUACAGUACCAGUCAAAAGUUUAGACACACCUACUCAUUCAUGGGUUUUUCUUUAUUUUUUAAAAUUUUUACAUUGUAGAAAAAUAGUGAAGACAUUAAAACUAUGAAAUAACACAUAUGGAAUCAUGUAGUAACCAAAAAAGUCUUAAACUAAUCUAAAUAUAUUUUAUAUUUGAGAUUCUUCAAAAAGCCACCCUUUGCCUUGAUGACAGCUUUGCACACUCUUGGCAUUCUCUCAACCAACUUCAUGAGGAAUGCUUUUCCAACAGUCUUGAAGGAGUUCCCACAUAUGCUGAGCACUUAUUGGCUGCUUUUCCUUCACUCUGCCGUCAUACUCAUCCCAAACCAUCUCAAUUGGGUUGAGGUCGGGGGAUUGUGGAGGCCAGGUCAUCUGAUGCAGCACUCCAUCACUCUCCUUCUUGGUAAAAUAGCCCUUACACAGCCUGGAGGUGUGUUGAGUCAUUGUCUGUUGAAAAACAAAUGAUAGUCCCACUAAACCCAAACCAGAUGGGAUGGCGUAUCGCUGCAGAAUGCUGUGGUAGCCAUGCUGGUUAAGUGUGCCUUGAAUUCUAAAUAUAUCACACAGUUUCACCAGCAAAGCACCACCACACCAUAACACCUCCUCCUCCAUGCUUUACGCUGGGAACUACACAUGUGGAGAUCAUCCGUUCACCCACACCACGUCUCACAAAGACACGGCGGUUUGAACCAAAAAUCUCACAUUUGGACUCCAGACCAAAGGACAAAUUUCCACCGGUCUAAUGUCCAUUGCUCGUGUUUCUUGGCCCAAUUUUCCGUAUUGACUGACCUUCAUGUCUUAAAGUAAUGAUGGACUGUCGUUUCUCUUUGCUUAUUUGAGCUGUUCUUGCCAUGAUAUGGACUUGGUCUUUUACCAAAUAGGGCUAUCUUCUGUAUAAUGAAAUACCCCCCUACCUUGUCACAUUUUAAAUUUAAAUUUUCGCCAUUUAGCAGACGCUCUUAUCCAGAGCGACUUACAAAUUGGUGCAUUCACCUUAUGAUAGCCAGUGGGACAACCACUUUACAAUAUUUAUAUAUAUAUUACUUUUUUUGGGGGGUGGGGUAAGGGGGGGUAGAAGGAUUACUUUAUCCUAUCCCAGGUAAUCCUUAAAGAGGUGGGGUUUCAAGUGUCUCCGGAAGGUGGUGAGUGACUCCGCUGUCCUGGCGUCGUGAGGGAGCUUGUUCCACCAUUGGGGUGCCAGAGCAGCGAACAGUUUUGACUGGGCUGAGUGGGAACUGUGCUUCCGCAGAUGUAGGGGGGCCAGCAGGCCAGAGGUGGAUGAACGCAAUGCCCUCGUUUGGGAGUAGGGACUGAUCAGAGCCUGAAGGUACGGAGGUGCCGUUCCCCUCACAGCUCCAUAGGCAAGCACCAUGGUCUUGUAGCAGAUGCGAGCUUCAACUGGAAGCCAGUGGAGUGUGCGGAGGAGCGGGGUGAUGUGAGAGAACUUGGGAAGGUUGAACACCAGACGGGCUGCGGCGUUCUGGAUGAGUUGUAGGGGUUUAAUGGCACAGGCAGGGAGCCCAGCCAACAGUGAGUUGCAGUAAUCCAGACGGGAGAUGACAAGUGCCUGGAUUAGGACCUGUGCCGCUUCCUGUGUAUGGCAGGGUCGUACUCUGCGAAUGUUGUAGCGGCAGAGUAAUCCAGACGGGAGAUGACAAGUGCCUGGGAUUAGUGAUCAGCAGGGAGUUGAAGGUGGCAAAGAGCUUCCUAGGGUUAGAGGCAGAUGCUUGGAAUUUACAGUGGACACAACACACCUGAUUGGCUCAAAUGCAUUAAGAAGGAAAUGCAUUCCACAAAUUAACUUUUAAGAAGGCACACCUGUUAAUUGAAAUGCAUUCCAGGUGACUACCUCAUGAAGAUGGUUGAGAGAAUGCCAAGCGUGUGCAAAGCUGUCAUCAAGGCAAAGGGUGGCUAUUUGAAGAAUCUCAAAUAUACAAAAUAUUUGAUUUGUUUAACACUUUUUUUGGUUACUACAUGAUUCCAUAUGUGUUAUUUCAUAGUUCUGAUGUCUUCACUAUUAUUGUACAAUGUAAAAAUAAAGAAAAACCCAUGAAUGAGUAGGUGUGUCCAAACCUUUGACUGGUAGUGUAUUUAGCAGAUGUUAUUGCGGGUGUAGUGAAAUGCUUGUGUUCCUAGCUCCAACAGUGCAGUAUUAUUUAACAAUUCACAACAAUACGCACAUAUCUAAAGUAAAAGAAUGGCAUUAAGAAAUAUAUAAAUAUUAAGUAUCAGUUCAUAGUCAUCACGUUGCCCUAUUACAACAUUAAUAUAUUAGCUACAUAGUUUUGUAUUAUUAUCUGUUAGCUGAAUGCCGUAAUGGAUAACAGUUUAGAGUUGCAUUUGCACUGUUAAAUACAAUAAAAGUUAUGUUUUAAUCACCUAUGUAAAUACAUUUGCUGUUGCGUUUUUUUAAUACAAUCCAAUGUUCUGUUUUGUAUGUUACAUUUGUUUGUCCAAAACAAAUUAUCUAUGUACAGUAAAUACAGUGGGGGAAAAAAGUAUUUAGUCAGCCACCAAUUGUGCAAGUUCUCCCACUUAAAAAGAUGAGUGAGGCCUGUAAUUUUCAUCAUAGGUACACGUCAACUAUGACAGAGAAAUGGAGGGGGAAAAAAUCCAGAAAAUCACAUUGUAGGAUUUUUUAUGAAUUUAUUUGCAAAUUAACAAAUAACAAUGCCUACCAUCAGUAACACACUACGCCGCCAGGGACUCAAAUCCUGCAGUGCGAGACGUGUCCCCCUGCUUAAGCCAGUACAUGUCCAGGCCCGUCUGAAGUUUGCUAGAGUGCAUUUGGAUGAUCCAGAAGAGGAUUGGGAGAAUGUCAUAUGGUCAGAUGAAACCAAAAUAUAACUUUUUGGUAAAAACUCAACUCGUCGUGUUUGGAGGACAAAGAAUGCUGAGUUGCAUCCAAAGAACACCAUACCAACUGUGAAGCAUGGGGGUGGAAACAUCAUGCUUUGGGGCUGUUUUUCUGCAAAGGGACCAGGACGACUGAUCCGUGUAAAGGAAAGAAUGAAUGGGGCCAUGUAUCGUGAGAUUUUGAGUGAAAACCUCCUUCCAUCAGCAAGGGCAUUGAAGAUGAAACGUGGCUGGGUCUUUCAGCAUGACAAUGAUCCCAAACACACCGCCCGGACAACGAAGGAGUGGCUUCGUAAGAAGCAUUUCAAGGUCCAGGAGUGGCCUAGCCAGUCUCCAGAUCUCAACCCCAUAGAAAAUCUUUGGAGGGAGUUGAAAGUCCGUGUUGCCCAGCGACAGCCCCAAAACAUCACUGCUAUAGAGGAGAUCUGCAUGGAGGAAUGGGCCAAAAUACCAGCAACAGUGUGUGAAAACCUUGUGAAGACUUACAGAAAACGUUUGACCUGUGUCAUUGCCAACAAAGGGUAUAUAACAAAGUAUUGAGAAACUUUUGUUAUUGACCAAAUACUUAUUUUCCACCAUAAUUUGCAAAUAAAUUCAUAAAAAAUCCUACAAUGUGAUUUUCUGGAGAAAAAAAAUCUAAUUUUGUCUGUCAUUGUUGACGUGUACCUAUGAUUAAAAUUACAGGCCUCUCUCAUCAUUUUAAGUGGGAGAACUUGCACAAUUGGUGGCUGACUAAAUACUUUUUUCCCCCCACUGUAGGUUUGCAGUUGCACUUUUGAGUACAAUUACUAAAAUAUAUUUUAAUUCUAAUGUUUUGCCCACUGCCUAGUGAUGCGUUCUACAUCAAGCCAACAACUGAUGACAAUUUAAGAAUGAUGGGACAGUCGUUUGCAGUAAAAAAAAUAAAAUGGAAUGGGGCUUCUUACUUUUUGAAGUUAGGAGCACCAGUGCUAAAAAUGACAAAAGUUAAUAACUGUUUGUAUUACACUUGCACUUGUCUUUUUCUUCCUAGCGUUGAUUUGGCUAAUAGUCAGUGACAUUCAACACAGCUAAGUCGCUUUGGUUAAAAGCGUCUGCUAAACGGCAAAUGGUAUUACAGGUGACGGUCCACUCCAGUGCGGCGGGGUCAGACUGCGGGGGCAUGAUGGUGUCCGACUCCACCGCCUCCACCUCCACAGACCUGGGAUCAGCCAUAGACAAGAUCAUAGAGUCCACCAUCGGACCUGGUGAGGGAAUGAAAACCUUUUUUCCCCCAGCAAGGGAAUUUAAUUCCUAGCGUCAUGAAAAUAUAUAGAACAAUGGACACAAACGUAACAAACAAUGUCAGUACAAAUACACACCGUUCAGGUAACAAAAAGGAGAAGGAAGUCUUGGGUGGGUGUGAUUUCCUUUGUGGAGAACUUGACCACACACUGUAACCUGUCCAUCACAGCCAAUAUCUAUGUAUCACUCUUCUCCAGGUUUUAGAGCAGUGACCAGUGCAGAGGAUGGAACUGCAGAGGCCAGUGAGGGGCAGUAUUUGAUACUACAAGGACCAGAUGAUGGUGAGCUUUUCUCUGAGGCCUCUUUGGUACCGACUGUAUCUGUUAGUUCAUCCGAGUAGCACACUACAGUGAUUUUAGAGCAGUGGUUCCCAAGGGGUCGGGGGGGGGGGCAAAAUUGGGUAGUGCAAGGGGUCGGCGGCGGGGGGGGGGGGGGGGCAAAAUUGGGCAGUGCAUUAUCAGUUUUCCUCUUGUCAUUUCAGACCUUAGAGAGAUAUUUUUUAACUUGUCAGAAAUGUCCAGAUCAACUAGCCCAUGUCAGCUAACGUUUGAGCUAGGUUUUUUUUAGCCCAUUGAUUUUGUUGUAAUGUUUGAGUCACUCCGAUUUCACAUGAACACAUAAGAAAUGACAAAAUGUGUAUAUUUUACAAAAUGAGCUUUAAAUCUGAUACAUUUCUCUCUGCCAACAAGAGGGGUGUGAACCGUUUGUGUCAUGAACAGUGCUUGUCACAUAGAAAUAGAUGUGGGGCGUGCAGGGGGGGGGGGGGGCGCAGGAUGUUCCCCAAUGCUGGAAGGGGGGGUCUGAGUGCAAAAAGUUUGGGAAACUCCGAUUUUAGAGAACCAACGUUUCAGCACCCAGUACAUUGUACAUAGGAAAGUACAUUUCUUUUUUGUGGGACCACAUCUCCCUCUCUCUUUCCAGGGGCCCCAAUGGUAGCCCACAUGUCGUCAUCGGCCCUGUCCAGCCAUCACCGCAUCGCCAUCGAGGCUCUGGGAGAGGGUCCUACCUCCACUUGCCACGACCAGGGAGACAUGCAGGGUAUGAAAUAUGCAACAUAUGCCACUGUGGGGUCUUUCAUGUUUUUAUGAAAGAAAAUCUUCGUAAAGAUUUCAAGUGAGUGCUGUCCCUUUUUUAAAAUUUAAAUGUUUAUGACAUGCAAGGUAACCUGGACCCAGACCAGCCCUCUGGGAGUCACUCUCACUCCGGUCACUACCCAGACCAUGAGGACCAGGACAACCAGCCCCAGCACUCCCACGCAUCCCAGUACAUGGAGUGUAGCGGUGGAGACGCGGACGGACCCGAUCAGGUAAGAGGGGCAGGCACAAUUGAGGUUUGAAAGCUUGUGUUUUUAGCUUUGGCCUUUAAAUAAAAUAUUCUCUUGUUAUUUUAGUCAUCCUUUUUAUGUUCUGUUCUUUAUGCUCCUUUAUCUCCUUUCAUGACUUUUCAGUAUUUUUUUGGUUUAUCUUUCAUUCCAUUGUUUUAUGGUGAAGUGUGUUGCUAUUUUAAAAUAAAGUUUGAUUUGAUUUAACCAGACUGGAGAGUCCUCCUCCUCGUAUGUAGACGAUGAGGAACCCGACCAGACACGCACCUCCCGCUCCCUCGUCCGGUCCCGCUUCCCGGAGUACGGUGUAGUCGACAACUCUGACCAGGACCUGAGGGGGUAUGUGGAGUGUAGCGGGAGUGGAGCUGCCGACUCCAACCCCAACCCCUCCUCCCCUGCCCGCCUACGCCACACCCACUAUAUGGUGGACUGCAGCGCGGGGACUGGGGCGUACCUGGAGUGUGCAGGGGACGAGGAAGAGGAUUCGAGUCAGCACCACUCUCGGAGCUACAUCGACAGCAGCAGCAGUGCUAACCACUCCCAGAGUCACCAAACCCUCCCUAACCACUCCCAGAGUCACCAAACCCUCCCUAACCACUCCCAGAGUCACCAAACCCUCCCUAACCACUCCCAGAGUCACCAAACCCUCCCUAACCACUCCCAGAGUCACCACACACUGCCUAACCACUCCCAGAGUCACCAAACCCUGCGGCAGUAUGUGGAAUCCGGGGCUGCGAUUGCAGAUUCGGAGCAGCCCGGUUGUUCCAACUCCCACUCUCAGAGUCACCAAACCCUGCGGCAGUAUAUGGAGUCUGGGGCUGCAGAUUCGGAACAGCCAGGAUGUUACCAAUACCAGGUUGAGGAAGGGCAAGGAGAAGACCCAGACCAGAACCAGGAACCAGACCAGAACCAGGACCCAGACCAGCCACAGCACUCUGACCAGCAGCAGCCUCAGCACUCCCACUACAUGGAGACUACCAGCAGCAGCACUGGCCCAGAGUCCUCCCUGGGGAGGUACGCUGGGGCUGGGGAGGGAGGCGAGGGUUCCUCCACAGACCACCACCACCCCCAGGCAGACACCGCAGACUCAGGCACAGCAGAUCAUCCAGAGGCUAUGGAGUGUUCUGAGAGCCAGCCUGGCCCUUACAUCAGCAGCAGUGGGACCUACUCCUACCACCCGGAGCCUGAGGUGGAAGAGGCCCCUGAACCUCCAUGGUCCCCCAGUUUGGGGAGGCCUUCCAGGGGAGAGGAGGGCGGUGUGGUGGGGGGGUCUGGAGCUCCGGUCGUGGAGGGGACUGGGGCUGGGAGCGGACCAGGGGUCCCCGUCCCACACACCAUGGCUGAACUGGAGGAGAUGAUGGAGGUGGUGAUCGUUCAGCAGUUCAAGUGCAAGAUGUGCCCCUACAAGAGUGUCUCCAAAAACACCCUCAUCAACCACAUGAGAGACAGGCACUUCAAACCCACAGGUACGGUAGCCCCAUCCCACCUAGAGAGAGCUGAGGGACAGGCGCUUCAAACCCACAGGUACAGUAGCCCCAUCCCACCUAGAGAGAGCAGAGGGACAGGCACUUCAAACCAACAGGUACAGUAGCCCCAUCCCACCUAGAGAGAGCUGAGAGACGGGCACUUCAAACCAACAGGUACGGUAGCCCCAUCCCACCUAGAGAGAGCUGAGAGACGGGCACUUCAAACCAACAGGUACGGUAGCCCCAUCCCACCUAGAGAGAGCUGAGAGACAGGCACUUCAAACCAACAGGUACGGUAGCCUCAUCCCACCUAGAGAGAGCUGAGAGAAGAAAGACACAUGAACAUAUUAAUGAACAAAUUGUAUUGAUCAUCAGAAGGGGAAAUUAGAUUUGUAUAUAGUCUAGAGGCACAGGUGAGGACAGAAACAGAAUUAAUUUGAAUCAAACUUUAUUUAUCCCCAGCUGAAUUAAUUGGAAUUAAACUUUAUUGAUCCCCAGGGAGAAAUUAGACUAAUACAACCCUUUAUAAUUUAUCGAACAAGCGCUCUGCCAAAGAGGCCUGUAUGGAAUAUGAUCAAAUAAAACAAGAUGAUACUUUAUUAACCCCCAAAUUGAGGUUUAAAAAAAAAAAAAGGAAUAUGCCUAAAUCAACCCCCAAAGGGAAAGUUGAAUUAGCUGAUUGGUGGUCCUGUUUGGAAUACGAUGAUCUGAUUGGUUGUGUUUGUGUUAACUUCCAGGUGGCCCCCCUCCUAAGAAGCGUGGUCGUGGUCGGCCCAGGCGUAGUGAUACGUUGGCCCGUCAGCAGGCCGAGGUGAAACCAGAGCCCCAGCCUGAGGAGCCAGAGGACGAUGACAUCGUAGACGCUGGGGCCAUCGAUGACCCUGAAGGUACAGUACGUGGAGAUCCCUGUCAUUUUAGUUCAAUUUUAGCACUUUUCAGAAAUGCAUUGUCACAAGGCUAAAGCAGAUAGUUUGUCAUUCACUCAGUCACUCACUCAUCCACUCUCAUCACCAGCAGUCAUGAGUCAUGACCACAGUAAAAUACCAUGUGACUGUUGAGUCACGGUAAACUCCUCUUAUGCACUCUGGACGUGUGUUGGUAGUAGCCAACUGAUAAUGAUCAUAUAUUUAUAUAUUUAUAUUUUAGUCAUUUAGCAGACGCUCUUCAGGUCGCUAAUGGCCUGGUACUUGCUACAAGACCAUGGUGCUUGCCUACGGAGCUGUGAGGGGAACGGCACCUCCUUACUUUCAGGCUCUGAUCAGUCCCUACACCCAAACGAGGGCAUUGCGUUCAUCCACCUCUGGCCUGCUGGCCCCCCUACCUCUACGGAAGCACAGUUCCCGCUCAGCCCAGUCAAAACUGUUCGCUGCUCUGGCACCCCAAUGGUGGAACAAGCUCCUUCACGACGCCAGGACAGCGGAGUCACUCACCACCUUCCGGAGACACUUGAAACCCCACCUCUUUAAGGAAUACCUGGGAUAGGAUAAAGUAAUCAUUCGACCCCCCCCCCCCUUACCCCACCCCAAAACAUUAAAAAAAUAAUAAUAAUAAUAAUUGUAAAGUGGUUGUCCCACUGGCUAUCAUAAGGUGAAUGCACCAAUUUGUAAGUCGCUCUGGAUAAGAGCGUCUGCUAAAUGACGAAAAUGUACUCAGGGCUCUAUUGUCCCUCUAACCAUCAGGUCCUAAUGGCCUCGUACUCAGGGCUCUAUUGUCCCUCUAACCAUCAGGUCCUAAUGGCCUGGUACUCAGGGCUCUAUUGUCCCUCUAACCAUCAGGUCCUAAUGGCCUGGUACUCAGGGCUCUAUUGUCCCUCUAACCAUCAGGUCCUAAUGGCCUGGUACUCAGGGCUCUAUUGUCCCUCUAACCAUCAGGUCCUAAUGGCCUGGUACUCAGGGCUCUAUUGUCCCUCUAACCAUCAGGUCCUAAUGGCCUGGUACUCAGGGCUCUAUUGUCCCUCUAACCAUCAGGUCCUAAUGGCCUGGUACUCAGGGCUCUAUUGUCCCUCUAACCAUCAGGUCCUAAUGGCCUGGUACUCAGGGCUCUAUUGUCCCUCUAACCAUCAGGUCCUAAUGGCCUGGUACUCAGGGCUCUAUUGUCCCUCUAACCAUCAGGUCACUAACGGCCUGGUACUCAGGGCUCUAUUGUCCCUCUAACCAUCAGGUCCUAAUGGCCUGGUACUCAGGGCUCUAUUGUCCCUCUAACCACUCUGACAUCAAUGCAAAUGCAAUCGAAAAUCACAUCAAACACUUACCAUCAAAACAGUAUUUUUAAAACUCACCUCACUGUGAUGAUCAAUUUGAAGAAAGAAGUUCAACAGCAGGUUGAAACUGAGUGGAACACAUGGUCAUUGUGGAUGUUAUUUCAAAGUCUAACACAACGAAAUGGACAGCGCUUUCUAAGGUGAUGAUUAAUUCAAAACACCCUUAUGCAUAUUAGAGCAUAUGCAUAGGCCUAUAUAUGAGCGUAAGCCUGAAUUUACAAAUAAAUAAAAUAAUAAUAACAUUUUGAAAAAAGAAACUGAUUUUAAAAUAAUGAUUGUGUCGUUAUACAAUACUUAGUCUACCACAUAUUACACAUGGCAGAAAAACAUUACAAAAAUACUGAUUUAAGAUAUCUUUGGUACAUUGGUCUAGCCUAAAUGAAACAAGUUAAUUAGGCUACAAAUUCAUUAUAAUUAUAGGCUUUUUGAUUUUGAAUAGCCUAGUAAUAGGGCAUUUUAAAAAAAAUAGUUUCAUAAUAAAUAGACACAUUACCUUUUUAGCUACAGAAUACAGUAUCUCACUACCGUGAGUUUACAUCUCCUCCCCUCUCUACUUCAAUUCCUUUCUCCAUCGCGCAGAGAGAGAGGGGCUGUCAACAGUUAAUUAAAUAUGUUGCGUUGUGAAAACAACAUGUUACUAUCGAUGUUCCUGAACAGAGGAUUUCACUUGGUUUCCCAAAUGAAGCACUGGGUAGCUGCAGGAACAGGGUUGGCGAGCCCCAUGGCAUACAGAGUAUCACCUGUCCUACAGCAAAAAUACCGGAGUAGCCUACCCGACAUGAGUGGAAAACGCACCGGCGGGGAAGUGGCCUCCAUUCGCUAUUCCAGUGCAUACGGAUUACGUCUUUUUUUUUUGUCUUGACCCUGUUCCUGGCCAUUUUGAUAAUGGGCCAUUCUAAAUCGAAACAAAUUUGACAUAUUAGUAAAGAAAAUAUUACAUUGAGAAUAGUCUGAUAGGUGAAAAUAUAUGAUCACUUGAUGAGAGAACAGCGUGUGCAGCCUGAGGCAAGGAACAGAGCGCAAGCUUUUUCAAAUCAUCAGUAUCCUGUAGUCGCAUCAUGCAGCCCACAUAUGUUUUGAUUUCUAAGACAUUCUAAGGUUUGUAUCAUUCCACAACUAAAGUUGCCAAAUAACUCUAAAUCUAGCUGGUAGGACCUGUUUCAAAUGAUCACUUUUACGCUCAACAUAGCCACUUCAUAUGUGCACUCGCUCCGGAAUGGGAAAAAUAUCCUUUCUAUUUUAUUCAGCUAAGUUACAUUUAUAUUCUUCUUACUAUAAAAUCAUAUUAAUAUAAAAUAAUGCCACUUAUAAGCAUAUCUUGUCAGCUAAAUGAACUAGCCUACAGCCUAUGGCAUGGAGCAUAGCCAGAUAACAUAGGCAUGGCCAAGUCAUAUUCUGUUCUCCUGAAAUGCAUUUUCUUCAUAUCAUGUUUCUUUAGACCUGCCUAAAAUAAAUAACGGAUUUAUUGUGGUGUUGUGUAUUACAUUGAUUUAUUAGACUUUUCUAAAUGCAGAUGUUCCAGAGGCAUCAGAGGCUUGUAUGUGUGGAGGCCUGGAGAUGCUAAACGUGUUUAUGUUAAUUCAUGGUAAUUACCCGUGAGACCGGCAGUAUUUUGCAUGACAAUAACCGGCUGACAAAUGUUCAUGACCGCCACAGCCCUAACUACAGUACUGUGUAGUAUAACAGACUGCAGUACUCUGUAGUAUAACAGACUGCAGUACUCUGUAGUAUAACAGACUGCAGUACUCUGUAGUAUAACCGACUGCAGUACUCUGUAGUAUAACCGACUGCAGUACUCUGUAGUAUAACAGACUGCAGUACUCUGUAGUAUAACAGACUGCAGUACUCUGUAGUAUAACAGACUGCAGUACUCUGUAGUAUAACAGACUGCAGUACUCUGUAGUAUAACAGACUGCAGUACUCUGUAGUAUAACAGACUGCAGUACUCUGUAGUAUAACAGACUGCAGUACUCUGUAGUAUAACCGACUGCAGUACUCUGUAGUAUAACAUACUGCAGUACUCUGUAGUAUAACGACUGCAGUACUCUGUAGUAUAACAGACUGCAGUACUCUGUAGUAUAACAGACUGCAGUACUCUGUAGUAUAACAGACUGCAGUACUCUGUAGUAUAACAGACUGCAGUACUCUGUAGUACAACAGACUGCAGUACAGCCCUAUAUCGUGGUCCUCUGUAGCUCAGCUGGUAGAGCACGGCGCUUGUAACGCCAAGGUAGUGGGUUCGAUCCCCGGGACCACCCAUACACAAAAAAAAAAUGUAUGCACGCAUGACUGUAAGUCGCUUUGGAUAAAAGCGUCUGCUAAAUGGCAUAUUAUAUUAUUAAAAAUAUCCAACCCUCUCAGAUCUGCCACCUGGGUGUAGGGAUUAGCAGUCGAUUUGGGAUUCACACACUCACUCUCUCCCCCUUUUCUCUCUCCAGAGGACAGUGACUAUAACCCAGCAGAUGAGGACUGUAGGGGCAGACAGCCCGCCUUGCUGAAACAGCCUGUCCCACCUCCCUGCUCCUCCUCCUCCACAGACCGCCCCAGACGCAGGGUGGGACGACCCAGGAAGUUCACCUAUACAGAGGGCAGCUACAACGGCAAGGGUGGGUAUCAUAUACUGCACAAUACUCGCCACCUCUGUUUUUCCUGAAUAAUCUGUCCAUUGUAAAGUGAACGCUUUCUAGCUGAAAAGCUGGUGGGAAUCCAACUGCAUGAAGAGAAUGCUGUGUGUCUUUCAUUUGAAUGAUCUUAGCUGUUAUUCAAUAGGUUUGUUAAUCAGGGCAUGAACUUCUUGUUUUGGAUGUAUACAGAAGCAGCAGAAGACGGGAUGUCAAAGCCUAAGGGCAGUGUGGACCCUCAAGGCUCGGAGGAGGCCAGUUCCUCAGGCCUGGGAAACGGACCAGCUCCCUUGGCUAAUGGAAACACAGCAGAAGCCGGCAUCAGCCAAUCGGACUCUGAGAACAAAGACCCGUCGUCCAAUGGGAGGCCGGAAGAGGCUGAGCUUUUCCCCAGGAAACGGGGUCGACCCUCCAAGCGGUUCAUCAGAAAGAAAUACAAGAAGUACAUGAACCGCAAGUACGACCCGGUUUCAUAUUAUUACUGACACCUGGAGCAGACUACCGUUUCUCACUGAAUACUUUCAACAGCGAUAUACCCUUUUUGAAGUAUUGGGAGGGCUCCAACUGUACUGGAAGUGUGCUGGCAAGGAUAUUUUCUUUUCAAAUUGUCCUUUCCAGCAUUGUUCCAGCAGAUGUGAUGGAUGCAUAACCAGUCCAUGCAGUACAGGUACCACAGCAUUGCUCUGUAGUGUGAAAAAGGUAUAUCAUUCUGUAAAUGAUUUAUCUGCAGAAAGAACUCUCGCAACCAAACCAUGACUACCUCCUCCCCUGCAUCCUCUAGAUGGUAUUAUAAGGCUGUCAGUCUUCUGUGGGUCGUCCAGAGAAAUAAAGUACUGUAUGAGCUAUGAAGCUUUCAGCAAACUUCUCCCUAACCUCCUCCCUGUCUGUUCUGUUAGGUACUGUAAGUCUCUGAAGCCGCUCCUGAGGCCUCACAACUGUUGGAUCUGCGGCUCUCGCUUCCUGUCCCAGGAGGACCUGAGGUUCCACGUAGACUCUCACCAAGGAAACGACCCAGAGUGCUUCAAAUGCCUGCAGUGUAACUACCGCUGCAAACGAUGGUCCUCGCUCAAGGUGAGUGGGCCGGGUCAUACAGGCCAGUCAGACGGUCGGUCAGCCGGUCGGUCAGCCGGUCAGUCAGCCAGACGGUCAGCCAGUCGGUCGGUCAGACGGUCGGUCAGCCGGUCGGUCAGCCAGCCAGUCAGACGGUCAGCCAGUCAGUCAGCCAGCCAGACGGUCAGCCAGUCAGUCGGUCAGCCAGCCAGUCGGUCAGCCAGCCAGUCGGUCAGCCAGCCAGUCGGCCGGUCAGCCAGUCAGUCGGUCAGCCAGCCAGCCAGUCAGUCAGUCAGACGGUCAGUCGUACAGUGCCUAUUGAAAGUCUACACACCCCUUGCACAGUUGUCAUAUUUUGCUGCCAUAAAAUUAAGUCUAAAGGGAUUCAAUUGGAUUGUUUUACCCUACAGAUCUACACAACCUGGUCCACAUUUUCAAAGUGAAAGAAAAAGUUUAUUUUAUUUUAAAUUUUUAAGUAUUUUUAGUAUUAAGUUAGAAGCACCUUUGGCAGCGAUUGCAGCUGGUAGUCAUUUUGAAUAAGAUUCUACCAAGUCUUAGGGCUACAUAUUAUCCAUUGUUUUUGUCUAAAUCGCUCAAGCUCAGUACAUUUGGUUGGGAAUCAUUGAUGGACAGCAAUAUUCAAACCUUGUCUCUGAUUCUCAAGCAGAUUUAAGUCAGUACUAAGACUGGGCCAUUCAGGAACACUCAACACCUCUUGGAAAGCCAUUCUGGUGUGUCUUUGGCAUUAAAAUGUGUAUAAUUGUCCCACUGUGAAAUAAAACUCUAUCCCAGGGUUAGGUUUUCAAAAGACUGAGGCAGGUUUUCCUCUAACUUUUUACAUGGGCUUUGCUCCUUUCAUAUUUAUUUUAAUCCUGAUAAACUCCCCAGUCAUGAUGCUGCCACCACAUUACAUGGAAAUACAGAGGGUUUCACUCUGUGAUGUGUUGGAUUGGAUUUAUUUUAAGCCAAAAUGUGAAUUUAUUUGCCAUGUUGUCUUGCAGUAUUACAUAAGGGCCUUGUUGCAAACAUAAUGGAUGAUUUGAUUAUGUUUUUUGUUUUAAUGCAGGCUUCCUUCUUUUCACAUCAGCUUGGUACUGGUACUCCCUGUAUAUAGCCAUGUUAAUUUUACUCCUUAUUGGUAUUCGUUAUUUCUCGUAUAACUAUUUCAAUUUUUUAAAUAAGAUGUUUGUAUCUUUGAUCUUAAUUCUGCAUUGUUGUAAAAGGACCCGUAAGUAAGCAUUUCACUGUUAGUCUACACCUGUUGUUUACGAAGUAUGUGAAAAAUAAUAUUUUAUUAGAUUUUAUGUGGAGUGAAUGCAAUGUUGUUGAUCCCUUUUUAUAUUUUCAAUUAUUGUCCAAAGCGUUUGACAUGGUUGAUCAUGAAAUAUUAUUAUUAUUAAAUAUCUAAAUUGCAUUAUUACGGUUAUACAUGUAAUUGGCUAUGUAGUUACAGUGUCUUGCAAAAGUAUUCAUCCCCUUGGCAUUUUGCCUAUUUUGUUGCAUUACAACCUGUAAUUUAAAUGGAUUUUUAUUUGGAUUUCAUGUAAUGGACAUACACAAAAUAGUCCAAAUUGGUGAAGUGAAAUGAAAAAAAUAACUGAAUUUUUUGAAACAAAACAAAUAAAUAAUGGAAAAGUGGUGUAUUCACCCCCUUUGCUAUGAAGCCCCUAAAUAAGAUCUGGUGCAACCAAUUACCUUCAGAAGUCACAUAAUUAGUUAGAUUGCACACAGGUGGACUUUAUUUAAGUGUCACAUGAUCUGUCACAUGCUCUCGGUAUAUAUACACCUGUUCUGAAAGGCCCCAGAGUCUGCAACACCACUAAGCAAGGGGCACCACCAAGCAAGCGGCACCAUGAAGACCAAGGAGCUCUCCAAACAGGUCAGGGACAAAGUUGUGGAGAAGUACAGAUCAGGGUUGGAUUAUAAAAAAAUAUCAGAAACUUUGAACAUCCCACAGAGCACCAUUUAAAUCCAUUAUUAAAAAAAUGGAAAGAAUAUGGCACCACAACAAACCUGCCAAGAGAGGGCCGCCCACCAAAACUCACGGACCAGGCAAGGAGGGCAUUAAUCAGAGAGGCAACAAAGAGACCAAAGAUAACCCUGAAGGAGCUGCAAAGCUCCACAGCGGAGAUUGGAGGAUCUGUCCAUAGGACCACUUUAAGCCGUACACUCCACAGAGCUGGGCUUUACGGAAGAGUGGCCAGAAAAAAGUGUUCGCCAAAAGGCAUGUUGGAGACUCCCCAAACAUAUGGAAGAAGGUACUCUGGUCAGAUGAGACAAAAAUUGAGCUUUUUGGUCAUCAAGGAAAAUGCAUAGUUAUGCACACUCAAGUUUUCUGUUUUUUUGUCUUAUUUCUUGUUUGUUUCAUAAGAAAAAGUGGUAGGCAUGUUGUGUAAAUCAAAUGAUACAAACCCCCCCAAAAAUCCAUUUUAAUUCGAGGUUGUAAGGCAACAAAAUAGGAAAAAUUUCAAGGGGGGUGAAUACUUUCGCAAGCCACUGUAUGUUUAUGAUAAACAUACCUCCCAGACAGUUUACCUAUACCCUUCAAUGGAUUCUUCCAGGUUAUUUCUGAAAUCCAUCUAUAUAACACAACGAUAACCUUCACCCUCCCCACCUCCGCACCUCACAUAGUCGCUUUGGCUUGCGAAAGUAUUCACCCCCCUUGACAUUUUUCCUAUUUUGUUGCCUUACAACCUCAAAUUAAAAUGGAUUUCUGGGGUGUUUGUGGUCCUCUGUAGCUCAAUUGGUAGAGCAUGGCGCUUGUAACGCCAGGGUAGUGGGUUCGAUCCCCGGGACCACCCCUACGUAAAAAUGUAUGCACACAUGACUGUAAGUCGCUGUGGAUAAAAGCGUCUGCUAAAUGGCUUAUUAUUAUUAUUAUUAUUAUUAUUAUUAUUAUUAUUAUUAUUAUUAUUAUUAUUAUUAUUCACUAUCAGAUACAGACAUACCAUACUCUGGCAUUCUAAUCUUCACAUUGCCAAAACAUCAUCAUCCCUCAAUAACUUCAAGUGAAGACUGGGGGUCAGCCUGAUGAACCAAACUACUCAGUAAUCUCCUCCAUGAAGACUGGGGGUCAGCCUGAUGAACCAAACUACUCAGUAAUCUCCUCCAUGAAGACUGGGGGUCAGCCUGAUGAACCAAACUACUCAGUAAUCUCCUCCAUGAAGACUGGGGGUCAGCCUGAUGAACCAAACUACUCAGUAAUCUCCUCCAUGAAGACUGGGGGUCAGCCUGAUGAACCAAACUACUCAGUAAUCUCCUCCAUGAAGACUGGGGGUCAGCCUGAUGAACCAAACUACUCCGUAAUCUCCUCCAUGAAGACUGGGGGUCAGCCUGAUUUAACCAAACUACUCAGUGAUCUCCUCCAUAUAGCCUAACUCUCACACACAGUAAUUACUGAUCAAUUCAUUUAUAAUUAGUAGCUUUUGUCUGUUUUAACAAACCUUUUUUAGUUUUGUACUUAUGUAUUGUAUAUUGUUUUUCUUUGUAGUGUGGUUUUCAUAUAAGCCCUUGGGCUUCCAACCUGCACACCGUUUUUUGUUUGUUUGUUUUAAUUAAUUUUUUAUCUGUAUUGUUGUCUAUCACUUUGUUUUCUUUGGUGCAAAUAAAUACAUGUUAUGGGUAUGCUUGUCACCGGCAUGAACUGGGGAGUUUGUCAGGAUCAAAAUAAAUAUGAAAGGAGCAAAGUCCAUGGAAAGCUUUGCGCAAAACCGAACUUUUUUUUAAAAAUAAUAAUUUUUGUGGGACAAUUACACAAAUGUUAAUGCCAAAGACACAGCAGAAUGGCUUUCGGGGAGGUGUUGAGUGUACCAGAGUGGUCCUUACUUUAAAUCAGUUUGAAAAUCAGACACAGUUUGAAUAUUGCUGUCCAUGAAUGAUAAAAAAAAAAAAUUCCUAUUCAAAAUGAUUUACAGCUGUAAUGGCUGCCAAACGUGCUUCCACCGAGUAUUAACUCUGGGGUGUGAAGACAUACACUAGGUAUCAUCAGCUAGAUUCCGCCACAGGUCAAUUUUAUUUUAUUGUAUUUUUAUUUUUUUGUCGGGGGGCCGGAACAUAAUUACAAAUAAUUUGUUGGCUGCAAAUUGACCAUAAGAAGCCCAAACAGAUCAUAUUUGACUAAAACAUAAUCAUUUCAAACCUUUCUUACAUUUGUAUAUACAGUGAGGGGAAAAAAGUAUUUGAUCCCCUGCUGAUUUUUGUAAGUUUGCCCACUGACAAAGACAUGAUCAGUCUAUAAUUUUAAUGGUAGGUUUAUUUGAACAGUGAGAGACAGAAUAAGAACAAAAAAAUCCAGAAAAACGCAUGUCAAAAAUGUUAUAUUGAUUUGCAUUUUAAUGAGGGAAAUAAGUAUUUGACCCCUCUGCAAAACAUGACUUAGUACUUGGUGGCAAAACCCUUGUUGGCAAUCAGAGGUCAGACGUUUCUUGUAGUUGGCCACCAGGUUUGCUCACAUCUCAGGAGGGAUUUUGUCCCACUCCUCUUUGCAGAUCUUCUCCAAGUCAUUAAGGUUUCGAGGCUGACGUUUGGCAACUCGAACCUUCAGCUCCCUCCACAGAUUUUCUAUGGGAUUAAGGUCUGGAGACUGGCUAGGCCACUCCAGGACCUUAAUGUGCUUCUUCUUGAGCCACUCCUUUGUUGCCUUGGCCGUGUGUUUUGGAUCAUUGUCAUGCUGGAAUACCCAUCCACGACCCAUUUUCAAUGCCCUGGCUGAGGGAAGGAGGUUCUCACCCAAGAUUUGACGGUACAUGGGCCCGUCCAUCAUCCCUUUGAUGCGGUGAAGUUGUCCUGUCCCCUUAGCAGAAAAACACCCCCAAAGCAUAAUGUUUCCACCUCCAUGUUUGACGGUGGGGAUGGUGUUCUUGGGGUCAUAGGCAGCAUUCCUCCUCCUCCAAACAUGGCGAGUUGAGUUGAUGCCAAAGAGCUCGAUUUUGGUCUCAUCUGACCACAACACUUUCACCCAGUUCUCCUCUGAAUCAUUCAGAUGUUCAUUGGCAAACUUCAGACGGGCCUGUAUAUGUGCUUUCUUGAGCAGGGGGAGCUUGCGGACGCUGCAGGAUUUCAGUCCUUCACGGCGUAGUGUAUUACCAUUUGUUUUCUUGGUGACUAUGGUCCCAGCUGCCUUGAUCAUUGACAAGAUCCUCCCGUGUAGUUCUGGGCUGAUUCCUCACCGUUCUCAUGAUCAUUGCAACUCCACGAGGUGAGAUCUUGCAUGGAGCCCCAGGCAGUGGGAGAUUGACAGUUAUUUUGUGUUUCUUGCAUUUGCGAAUAAUCGCACCAACUGUUGUCACCUUCUGACCAAGCUGCUUGGCAAUGGUCUUGUAGCCCAUUCCAGCCUUGUGUGGGUCUACAAUCUUGUCCCUGACAUCCUUGGAGAGCUCUUUGGUCUUGGCCAUGGUGGAGAGUUUGGAAUCUGAUUGAUUGAUUGCUUCUGUGGACAGGUGUCUUUUAUACAGGUAACAAACUGCGAUUAGGAGCAAUCCCUUUAAGAGUGUGCUCCUAAUCUCAGCUCGUUACCUGUAUAAAAGACACCUGGGAGCCAGAAAUCUUUCUGAUUGAGAGGGGGUCAAAUACUUAUUUCCCUCAAUACAAUGCAAAUCAAUGUAUAACAUUUUUGACAUGUGUUUUUCUGGAUUUUUUUGUUGAUAUUCUGUCUCUCACUGUUCAAAUAAACCUACCAUUAAAAUUAUAGACUGAUCAUUUCUUUGUCAGUGGGCAAACGUACAAAAUCAGCAGGGGAUCAAAUACUUUUUUCUCCUCACUGUACAGUAAAAUCACUUGGAGCUGAUUUCCAGGUGUUUUUACUGGCUAUUGUCCAACAAUAAUAAUGCAAUAGGAACUUGGGGGCCAAAUGAAGCCACCCGCCGGCCGCCAGUUGGGAAACCCUGACAUACGCAAUCAAGACAUCUUCAUUUUUGUAUUAAUUUAGAACAUUUUCUAUACUUUUUUAAGGCAGCAAAAUGUGACAACUGCAAGAGGUGUGUAGACUUCAGCAGGUCAUUUAGUCUUUUAUUGCUAAAUAAUUACACUGCUUCUUCAAUCAAUCAUUGAAUCAGUCUUCAGUUGUUCUCUCGUGUCUCAGGCCUGGUCUGUUCCCUGUACUGUCUGUAAUAACCACCGUGGGAAUGAUAAGAGCCUGUGGUCUCUGCUGUGUUAACAGGAACACAUGUUCAACCACCAGGGGAACAAGCCCUUUAAGUGUGAGGAGUGUGACUACAGCAGUGUGUAUAAGAAGGAUGUCAUCAGACACUCCGCAAUACACAACAAGAACAAGUAUGUGUGCGCACACACACGCACACACACACACACACACGAUGUCAUCAGACACUCUGCAAUGCACAACAAGGAGCAGUAUGUUAUUUCCUGCCACCAUGUGUGACAUUCCCCUGUGAGCUCCACACACUCACAGUACCAGACCUACAGUGCAAACUCACAGUACCAGACAUACAGUACACAACUCACAGUACACAACUCACAGUACACAACUCACAGUACCAGACCUACAGUGCACAACUCACAGUACCAGACAUACAGUACACAACUCACAGUACCAGACAUACAGUACCAGACCUACAGUACACAACUCACCGUACCAGACUACAGUGCAGCUUCUUCACAGUACACAAACUCACAGUACACAACUCACAGUACACAAUCACAGUACCAGACAUUUACAGUACCAGACCCUACAGUUACACAACUACAGUACCAGACUUACAGUACACAACGCCACAGUACCAGACCAUACGUUGCAAUGCUCACAGUACACAACUCACAGUACCAGACAUACAGUACCAGACAUAUAGUACACAACUCACAGUACCAGACAUAUAGUACACAACUCACAGUACCAGACCUACAGUACACAACUCACAGUACACAACUCACAGUACCAGACCUACAGUACACAACUCACAGUACCAGACAUACAGUGUACAACUCACAGUACACAACUCACAGUACCAGACAUACAGUACACAACUCACAGUACCAGACCUACAGUACACAACUCACAGUACCAGACCUACAGUACACAACUCACAGUACCAGACCUACAGUACACAACUCACAGUACCAGACCUACAGUACACAACUCACAGUACCAGACCUACAGUACACAACUCACAGUACCAGACAUACAGUACACAACUCACAGUACACAACUCACAGUACCAGACCUACAGUACCAGACAUAUAGUACACAACUCACAGUACACAACUCACAGUACCAGACCUACAGUGCACAACUCACAGUACCAGACCUACAGUACACAACUCACAGUACCAGACCUACAGUACACAACUCACAGUACCAGACAUACAGUACCAGACAUAUAGUACACAACUCACAGUACACAACUCACAGUACCAGACCUACAGUACACAACUCACAGUACCAGACCUACAGUACACAACUCACAGUACCAGACAUACAGUACCAGACAUAUAGUACACAACUCACAGUACACAACUCACAGUACCAGACCUACAGUACACAACUCACAGUACACAACUCACAGUACCAGACCUACAGUACCAGACAUAUAGUACACAACUCACAGUACACAACUCACAGUACCAGACCUACAGUGCACAACUCACAGUACCAGACCUACAGUACACAACUCACAGUACCAGACAUACAGUACCAGACAUAUAGUACACAACUCACAGUACCAGACCUACAGUGCACAACUCACAGUACACAACUCACAGUACCAGACAUACAGUACACAACUCACAGUACCAGACCUACAGUACACAACUCACAGUACCAGACCUACAGUACACAACUCACAGUACCAGACAUACAGUACACAACUCACAGUGCCAGACCCACAGUGCAUGGCACAUUAAGCUUUUACUGGUGUUUUAGAUUUGAGAUUGAUCAACUCGAUCUAAAAAAAACAAAUAAAGUUUGAUCAAUCAAUUAAUCAAUCAAUCAUUAGAUCCCCUAACAUAUUUUUCUUCCUUUCACAGGAAAACAAAGUCUGAGUCAGUAAGUAUUUUCCCCUUUUAUCAAUAAAUGUUAAAUUACCAUAGUGAGGCCUUUUCUAUCCAGAUCAUUCUUUAUUUUUGUGAUCCAAUUGACAUUUUAUAGUCAUUUAGCAGACGCUCUUAUCCAGAGCGACUUACAGGUAGUGAGUGCAUACAUCUUUCAUACUGGCCCCCUGUGGAUCAUCCCUUAUAAAAUAACCAACUAUAUCAAUAGCAUAAAGGAACUUUAAGUUUAGGCCUUUUUAAGGAAGUAAUUAUCCAUAUGGGCGCCGGAAAAGUCAUCGCAUGCGAGGUUGAAAACCAAAUGACCCAUAACCCAUCCUCAUCCGUCCUACUGGCCUGUCAUUAAAUAUUUAAUACAAGCUAAAGUUAUCAACAGUAGCUUAUUUCCCAAAUAUUCUAGCCUACGAGGGUGUUGUCCUAAGGUUGUGGCUUUCAAAAACAACAAGAACAAAGCUAGGCGUAGGCUAUUCUCAAACACAGCUUUAUGAUAGAUCGAACAAACAAUAUUAUUUAUUUUUCUAUUAUUUUAUGAGGCAAGUAAAGCAAUUAUUAUCCAGUUGUGAAGAUGGUAGACUGCUUAUUUCCAGCCUAUGAUGUCGCUACGGUAAGACAAGACCGUUCCUCAUCAGACAGUCACUGCUCCAUCAUGAUGUAGUCCUAUAACCUAGCUCACUACGGUAAGACAACCCUUCCUCAUCAGACAGUCACUGCUCAUCAUGAUUUAGUCCUAUAACCUAGCUCACUACGGUAAGACAGACCUCAUCAGACAGUCACUGCUCCAUCAUGAUGUAGUCCUAUAACCUAGCUCACUACGGUAAGACAGACCGUUCCUCAUCAGACAGUCACUGCUCCAUCAUGAUGUAGUCCUAUAACCUAGCUCACUACGGUAAGACAGACCGUUCCUCAUCAGACAGUCACUGCUCCAUCAUGAUGUAGUCCUAUAACCUAGCUCACUACGGUAAGACAGACCGUUCCUCAUCAGACAGUCACUACUCCAUCAUGAUGUAGUCCUAUAACCUAGCUCACUACGGUAAGACAACCCGUUCCUCAUCAGACAGUCACUGCUCCAUCAUGAUGUAGUCCUAUAACCUAGCUCACUACGGUAAGACAGACCGUUCCUCAUCAGACAGUCACUACUCCAUCAUGAUGUAGUCCUAUAACCUAGCUCACUACGGUAAGACAGCCCGUUCCUCAUCAGACAGUCACUGCUCCAUCAUGAUGUAGUCCUAUAACCUAGCUCACUACGGUAAGACAACCCGUUCCUCAUCAGACAGUCACUGCUCCAUCAUGAUGUAGUCCUAUAACCUAGCUCACUACGGUAAGACAGACCGUUCCUCAUCACAGUCACUACUCCAUCAUGAUGUAGUCCUAUAACCUAGCUCACUACGGUAAGACAGACUGUUCCAUCAUGUGGGUGCCAUCAUGUGGGUGCCAUACAUGUGUCUCCCGAGUGGCGCAGUGGUCUAAGGCACUGCAUCGCAGUGCUAGCUGUGCCACUAGAGAUCCUGGUUCGUAUCCAGGCUCUGAUGUAGCCGGUCGCAACCGGGAGACCAAUGGGGCGGCGCACAAUUGGCCCAGCAUCGUCCAGGGUAGGGGAGGGAAUGGCCGGCAGGGAGGUAGCUCAGUUGGUAGAGCAUGGCGUUUGCAACGCCAGGGUUGUGGGUUCGUUUCCCACGGGGGGGCAGUAUGAAUUUUUUUUAAAAUAAAGAAUAAUGUAAGUCGCUCUGGAUAAGAGUGUCUGCUAAAUGACGUAAAUGUAAAAUACAGACACACCUGUUCUGCUCCUCCUCCAGAAAGAGUUAUUAGAAAAGGUUUGCCAUUGCUUGCACUUGCCAGGCUUUAAAAAAAACAUAUUUCGUCAUGAUUCGUCCAGUUGCAUUCGAUUUUGCAUUAUAGCCCAACUGUCAUUUUAGUUUGAGUUUUUUUGGGGGGGGUGACCAAUAGGGGCAAUAGAAUCGUAUAUCACAAUAUUUCUGGGUACAUAAUCACGAUAGGACAAAGGUUGACAUCGCCCAACCCUACUAAGCUGUUGUUCCCAUGUCCAAUGUGGUCUGUCUGACUCUCAGCAGGUAUCUAAGGUGUUGUUCCAAUGUGGUCUGUCUGACUCUCAGCAGGUAUCUAAGGUGUUGUUCCAAUGUGGUCUGUCUGACUCUCAGCAGGUAUCUAAGGUGUUGUUCCAAUGUGGUCUGUCUGACUCUCAGCAGGUAUCUAAGGUGUUGUUCCAAUGUGGUCUGUCUGACUCUCAGCAGGUAUCUAAGGUGUUGUUCCAAUGUGGUCUGUCUGACUCUCAGCAGGUAUCUAAGGUGUUGUUCCAAUGUGGUCUGUCUGACUCUCAGCAGGUAUCUAAGGUGUUGUUCCAAUGUGGUCUGUCUGACUCUCAGCAGGUAUCUAAGGUGUUGUCGUUCCCGUGUCCAGUGUGCCACAGAGUCUAUCCCAUGCAGAAGAGACUCACUCAGCACAUGAAGACACACAGUACCGAGAAACCACACAUGUGUGACAAGGUAACAGCACUGAGACACACGUACAAGAAAGUCAAUUAAAUUAAUUAAUCUUAAUUAUUAAUUGCCAAUCAACGAUUUCUUAAAUGUGAAUGAGGAGACCUGUGUAUUAUUGGAAUGGUUAAUCACUGUCAUCAUUAACCAUUCCAAUAAUCCACUCAAAUCAAUCAUGUUUCUAGUUUUCUUUUUAAAUCUUUAUAAAUCUCUGUAUUUGCUUUGACUUCAGUGUGGGAAGUCCUUCAAGAAGAGAUAUACGUUCAAGAUGCAUCUCCUCACACACAUCCAGAGUGUGGACAACAGCAGGUCAGUACAGGAUGUAGUGCCAUUUUCACUGUGCCUCUUAGCAGAAUAUAGCCUCUUAGCAGAACAUUGCCUCCCAGGACUGACUAGGGUUAUGUUCUGCGAAGAGGCUAAGGUGGGGCUCAGUACACACUGGAGCAAAAACAAUUUGUACCGUGAAAGAAAACUCAGCUAGUACCUCGAUUUCACCCUGUUUCAAAACCUUUACUCCUGCCGUACACGACCCAGUCGACAUGUUUAGAUUCAAGACCUGCGAUCUAAUGCAUGUUUCUGUUCUAGGUUCAAGUGUGAGUUCUGUGACUACGACUGUGACAACAAGAAACUCCUGCUCAACCACCAGCUGUCCCACACCAACGACCGGCCCUUUAAAUGUGACUACUGUAAAUACUCCACCUCUAAAGAGGACUUCCUGGUCUCACACCUGGCCAUCAAACACACAGGUGAGUCACCAAUGAUUUGGUGACAGUUGGGACAGUAGGUAGCCGAGAGAGGUUAGCGAGACAGAGCAGUAGCCGAGAGGUUGGUGGUUCAAACUGCGGGCCUGGCGUACAAAGUGGGAACUGAACUGCUGGUCUCUGCUCUCCAGCCAUUGUACCCGGCACUCAACCCCUUAAUUGGUCUCCAUCCAGGGGCGUUGCACUGAGACUGACCCUGAGCCUCUCCGUGGCUAACGUGUGUUUUUUAAUGUGUGAAUAUUUCUUCCUCCCAGGAGAGAAACCGUUCUCCUGUGAGAUGUGCCACUUCAUGACGAAGCACCGUAAGAACCUGCGUCUGCACGUCCAGUGUCGCCACCCGGAGGCGUUUGAGGACUGGAGCGCUACUCACCCCGAGGAACCCGUCAGACGAAGGAGGAGACCCUUCUUCACCCUGCAGCAGAUAGAGGAACUCAAACAGCAACACGACGACACACCGGGCCUACAGAACACCAUCGUAUGUCUAGAGAGCCUGGUUCCAGAUCUGUUAGGGUUGAUUUAGAGGCAUAGCCUGGUCCCAGAUCUGUUAGGGUUGAUUUAGAGGCAUAGCCUGGUCCCAGAUCUGUUAGGGUUGAUUUAGAGGCAUAGCCUGGUCCCAGAUCUGUUAGGGUUGAUUUAGAGGCAUAGCCUGGUCCCAGAUCUGUUAGAGUUGAUUAGCCAACUCCCAUGAUCUCUGGCAUGACAGAUCUGUGGCAUGACAAUGACCAUAGCAGUUGGAAAGACAUCACAUGUCCCCCCUUGUAGCUCAGUUGGUAGAGCAUGACGCUUGCAACGCCAGGGUUGUGGGUUCGACUCACUAACUGUAAGUCGCUCUGGAUAAGAGCGUCUGCUAAAUGACUAAAAUGUAAAUGUAAAAUCACAAACUGAUCUGGAAACAGGCUUGAAGGGCCAUACUUGUAUUUCUAUGCAUUAGAAUGAGAAAAGCUGAAUGUUCUGAAUUAGAAAAAUCUGCAGGUUCUGAAUUGGUAACGUUCUGAAUUGGUAAAGCUGCAGGUUCUGAAUUAGUAAAGCUGCAGGCCUGUGACUGUUUUUUCCCAUGUGUUAGCUGGCAGUGGAUCCUGAAACACUACAAGCCAUGCAGACAAUGCAGAACGCCUCAGUCUCCCAAGAUGCAAUGGGAAACACCACCAUCAUCUACGAACAGGGUCAGUGAUUCCUGCCAUACAAAGGACAGACAAAAAUUACAUGGAUGAAAAAAGACAUGCCUUUUUAUGGCUCAAUAUAAAUGUAUUGUCUCAGCAGAAAUUGGUCCGUUGAUCACCACCAAACCCAAUAGGAACAUUUGCAUAUAAUGUAUAUUAUAUUGAGUGUAAGGCAUGACUGAACCAUGACUGAGACUGUCUCUCUCCGUCUCCACAGCCGGGAACUCAGACCUGUCAGCCCAGAAUGCUCUGGAUCUGCUGUUGAAUAUGAGCAACGCCAGAGAGCUGGUGGGAAACUCACUGCAGGUAAAAGGCCCAAAGCUUUGGUUUUACAUCCUGACAAGGUUCUAUCUUGCCCUCUAUCUGACCUAUCCAUGCUUAGUUUAUCUAUCCACGUAAGGAACAGUAGAGACAUGCUAUGGUCUGCAUGAGUAGGAAUACAUCUAGUUUCUGUCUAUGAGCAGCCUGUCUGUCUGUCACCUCAGGUACAGGUGUUGAAGUCGUCUGACUCAAAGGUUCUAGAAGCAGGCUCCUGGACGGGCGUUACCUCGGCGACGGGGGGGGGGCAAAAAGUUGUGACCUUUCACGUGUCUGAGACUGGCGAGACCCUGGUACAGGAGGUACAUAUAUGGAAUAUAUUAUUACGAUAUAUAUUAUAUACUAUUAUUAGGAUAUAUUAUUGUAUACUAUUAUUAUGAUAUACUAUUAUUAUGAUAUAUUAUGAUAUACUAUUAUUAUGAUAUAUUAUGAUAUACUAUUAUUAUGAUUUAUUAUGAUAUACUACUAUUAUGAUAUAUUAUGAUAUACUAUUAUUAUGAUAUACUAUUAUUAUGAUAUAUUAUGAUAUACUAUUAUUAUGAUUUAUUAUAUACUAUGAUUAUGAUUUAUUAUUAUUAUUAUAUACUAUUAUUAUUAUAUACUAUUAUUAUAUAUUAUGAUAUACUAUUAUAAUGAUAUUCUAUUAUUAUGAUAAAUUAUUAUCUUAUUAUGAUCUGUUAUGAUAUACUAUUAUUAUGAUAUAUUAUUUAUUAUUAUGAUAUUAUUAUUAUUAUUAUUAUGAUAUUAUGAAAUACUAUUAUUAUGAUAUAUUAUUGUAUAUUUGCUGCAGUUUGUUUUUAGUGUUUCAUUUAUAAUGGGCUGGACCUUUACUUCUAGAUGACGUUGUGUGGUGUUCACUGGGUUUGUUGUCUGUUCUGUUUGUUGGUGUUCAUUUUUGUGUUGGUGUGAAAAACAAUCAAAAUGUUAAAUCACCAAAAUAAUGAUCCAUUAGGUCCAGGAGGUGCAGGAGGGUUAUGAGGCGGGGACCAAUGAGAAUGGAGAGAUCACCCAGGUGGCCAUCCAGGACUACGAGAGGGCAGAAGGCUUCAGUGUGUUGGAACAGGUGGAACAAGCUACAGAGGAGAUCCACAGCACCGGACCUGAAUACAGGUACAGCCAAUCACAUCAGUCAGCUACAACACCAUGGUCUCGCCAGGGUUGUGUUCAGUAGGGCAAUGGGAAAACAAAAAACCUCUGCUCUCAUUGGACAAGUUCAGGUAGAACUUCCCUGUUUUCACUGUGUUCCCGUGUGUGUUGUUGUUGUGUUUUCAGCAGUGGCGAGGGGAGUCCCCAGCCCAUGGAGGAAGAGGAGGAGGGAACAGAAAUAGUCAGAGAGAACGGAGAGAAGUUCUACCUGACCUCCGGGCUAGGAGACGGGGUGCUGCAGCAGAACAGAGAGAAGUUCUACCUGACCUCCGGGCUAGGAGACGGGGUGCUGCAACAGGUCGAGGUAAGCCUAAAGAGAGCCACCACAUCCAUAGCUCUGUCUAUUCAUUUGAUCCAUGUGGUCAGGAUUGUGGCUUUUAGGUUCUGUUCAGUUGAACAGCCGAUGGCUGAGAGGUCAUCAGAGUGGCCAUUAGUACGGUUUCGCCACGUUUUUUGUCGUCCCAGACACAUUUUCACGAUCGGGGUGAAAUCCUGUGAACUCGCGUAGUUUGAGCUGGUCAAGGACGCACCGAUGAUGGCUGUUCCGUUCUCCAGACCCCUGUCGGAUGUCCCGAUUUUUGAAAUUUUCUGACAUGUCAGAAAUGUUGGUUGUGCAAUUUGUAGUCUGAACAGUGCUACGACGCAAUUGGGCAACGGCUACUGACAAUAGCCAAUGAGCACUCAGCAUGUGAGACCAAAAUGAUGAUGGUGAAGAGGAAAGCAGCAGCAACAACAACAACAACAACAACACGCACCGUGAGGACAGAGGGGAUGGGAGACAGACUGGUGGCGCUGUGGAGAGAACACAGCUGCCUUUUCAAUAUCAAACGUUUUAUAUGACCUCUAAUUCACUCUGUAGAAUAGAAAGUCCAUAUUGUCCUCGUCUGCCCAACCAUUGGCUGGUCCAUAUUCUCCGCCGCCGUCUCUUUUUUGAUGAUAAUAACAACCGAGAAACGCAGGGCAGGAUAAACUAGGGAGCACCCACGUCCUGGGGUUGAGGAUGGACGGAAUGAAAGAUUUGGGACAAGGAAAUGUGAGCAAGUCCAAGUUGUUAAGAUUUUAGAAGUCAUGUAGUGUAUGGCCUGUAUUAGGCUGCAGAAAGCCGUCUCAUCCUCCCUCUGUCUGAGGCCCCAGGUUCCCCCACCCCAGAAGUCUGCUGUCUGAUAAGUCUCAUCUUUGUGCUCUUUCUUUCUUUCUUUCUUUCUCCAGCUGAGCAGUGAGGCCCCAGGUUCUCCCUCCAUGGUGGGUUCCCCCCAGCAGAACCAGCUCAACCCUAAGAGGUUCUCCUGUCGUAUCUGCAUGGAGUCGUUCCAUGGCCGCAGUGACAUGGAGAACCACAAGAGGGCCCACAUCGACCCCUCCACCUUUAAAUGUCCCGACUGUGACUUCACUGCCUCCUCCUGGCCAGUUGUCAAGGUGGGGGGACUAUCUUUUAUCAGCUCUGAGACAUUUGAAUCUCAUGGUGAAUCAUCUUGAUUUCUCUCAUCCUCUUUCCUUGCCUCCUUGAGGAGAAUAUCUGAGGGAUGAAACGUUCUCCUCCAAUGCCUUUUCAGAACGAGACUAG